AUGUAUCUGUGUGUUCCAAGGGAAACCAAAACAUUGCAGAAGUUUGGGCUCAAUGAGGAUUUCGCAUUUGUUCUGAAUCGGUUGAGGGGUGCUGACAAGAAUGUACUAACUGUGCUCAAGGAAUUCUACGACUUGUUCUUUGAGAUAGUCCUUGGAACUAAGACCGUGGAAGCGGGACUCGCCGAGAUUUUGAAGAAGUUCUCUGAAAUCAGUCCUGAAAUGCGGCAGAAAAUCGACGAUUUAUUCAAAUUAACAUCAGAAGAUGUGAAGCCACAUAUCACAAAAAAUAUGAAGUUAAUCUUUAAAAAAAUAGUAUUGGUUUUGGUCGAGACAUGCUGUUGGUCUCCGUUACGUAUCUAA